AUGUCCUCUGCUGCCCAAGACGAAUUCAACCAACUCCUCCACAAUUCCAAGGUGAAAUACUCCUCUCACCCCGAAGAUCGUGACCGUGCCUCGAGCCCCUCCGAUACCGAAGAAGACCAAGAAGACCCCUCAGCAAACCCCCUCUCCGACUCCGACGACGAAAACGACACCAUGCGCUCGCGCACAGCAACCUACCACGUCCCCAACACCGUCUUCGACGCCAACACGGGUCCCAAGGGUGUCAUCGCCGACGCCCAGGCCUUCGAGCGCGCCAGGAAACAAUCCCACCGCCGGACACUGGGCGGGCUCGUCUCGGAUGACACCACGCCCUUGAACCACUCCUCCCCGCCAAGGGAUGGGGCCAAGGAUGAGGAUGAGGAGGGAUUCAUGCGCAAGUGGCGGGAGUCGAGGAUGAAUCAGCUGCAGGGUCGGAAUAUGAGACGGUCGAGUCCGAGGAGGAAGAGGUUUGGGGGUGUUGAUACGGUCGAUGCGGCGGGGUAUUUGGAUGCUAUUGAGCAGGUUACGGCUGAUACGGUUGUUGUGGUUUGUGUUUAUGAUCCUGAGUCCAGUGCUAGUGGUAUUGUUGAGGAUUGUCUCAACACUAUUGCCCGCCGGAAUGUCACUACACACUUUGUCAAGCUUCAUCAGGAAAUCGCUGAGAUGGACCACAUCCAAGCUCCGGCUUUGCUGGCCUACCGGGGAGGUGAUGUCUUUGCUACUAUUGUCGAGAUUUUCAGACAAAUUCCCAAAGGUCGUGCCUGCAGUGCAGACAGCCUUGAGGAGUUACUCAAACAGUACGUCCCCCCUACCUUGUGCAUGAUUGACCUAUACUGACUCCAGCAGAUACCGGGUAUUAUAAUGAUACUCUUUAUUUAUGCCACGUUGAUGAGAGCCCUCUCUAGCAAAACGGAGCACAG